CGAUAUUAACCCAAAAAGUCUACGCGGUCUAGUCUAACGCAAAAACAGUUUCGGCGUCUUCCUCACUUUACUUUUCAAUCUCGUCUUCUCCAUGAAUCAUCUCUCUCUCUCUCACGGAUUCGUAACAUAAUCUCAGUGCUUCUCCGUCAUCUUCGCAUUAUUGGUUCUUACUUCGCUGUAAGCUCGACACGUGGAUUAUUCCUCUGCUUUUUUUAUUUUUUCCCUUUUCGUGAAGAUUCGUUUCCAGUAUCUGUGAAGACUUGAUGGAAUUAGUUUCUUAAAGUAGCUCCCUCUUAGAUCCGAGUUUCGAUUUGCUUGACCGGUGAAGAAUCAGUGGUUGAAAUCAACUAGAUACUAUCGAUUUCGGUUGAUUUAUAUUGAAAACUUGCCUGACUUUUGUUUAUUCUGUCGUGCUGGUGAAGUCUCAAGCUACUUCGUGAACUUUGUGAUUAGAGGAGGAGAUCUAGAGUUCUAGUUUUAGCAAUUCAUUGACUUCCAAUUUUGCCUUAGUUGAUUCAGAUUCAGAACAUAGCUUUAGAUCACGUUAGAAGCAGAAUCAUAAUCUGCAAAUCGGUUGUUUAGAUUGCUGCUACUAGAAAUUGGUAUUAGCUUUUGUUAGUGUUAAGGAUGCAGAAUAGGAUUGUACAGUUGGAAGAAGGAAAAGAAAAUGGAAUUCCGAUUGUUCGAUCAGGGCAGUAUAAGGGAUUCCCGUCGAAACUGCUGCUUCUGUUAGGGUUUUUUCUUGCUUUUUCUGUUACUGUCUUCAUCAUUAGUGUAUCUACAAUCAAGUUUUCUGGUAUACAAAGUGUAGUAACCACAGUGACUUCAAGCUUUGUGCCUUGCCGUGAGGAAGAACCGAAUAGUUUGAGUAAAUGGAUACAGCCUCCUGCGGUUCUGAUGCAUAACAUGAGUGAUGAAGAGCUCCUUUGGCGUGCUUCUUUUUGGCCUCGGAGAAAAGAAUAUCCGUUUAAACGAGUUCCGAAGAUUGCGUUUAUGUUCUUGACUAAAGGCCCCUUGCCGCUUGCUUUGCUUUGGGAGAGGUUCUUAAAGGGUCACAAAGGGCUUUACUCGGUUUACCUUCAUCCACACCCAUCUUUUACAGCCAAGUUUCCAUCUAGCUCUGUUUUCUACCGGAGGCAGAUACCGAGCCAGGUUGCAGAAUGGGGGAGAAUGUCUAUGUGUGAUGCAGAGAAGCGGCUUCUCGCCAACGCACUGCUAGAUAUCUCCAACGAAUGGUUUGUUCUUGUCUCAGAGUCAUGCAUUCCACUCUUCAACUUCACAACCAUCUACAGCUACUUAAGCCGAUCAAAACACAGCUUCAUGGGUGCUUUUGAUGACCCUGGACCGUUUGGGCGUGGCCGCUACAACGGGAACAUGGAACCUGAAGUUCCCCUUUCCAAAUGGCGAAAAGGGUCUCAAUGGUUUGAGGUUGACAGGGACCUCGCAGCUACCAUUGUCAAAGACACAUUGUAUUACCCGAAAUUCAAAGAGUUCUGCAGGCCUGCUUGCUAUGUGGACGAGCAUUACUUCCCAACGAUGUUGACAAUUGAGAAACCAACGGUCUUGGCUAACCGAAGCUUGACAUGGGUGGACUGGUCGAGGGGAGGGCCCCACCCAGCUACGUUUGGGCGAUCUGACAUUACAGAGAAGUUCUUUGAAAGGAUCUUUGAUGGAAGAAACUGCAGUUACAAUGGUGGCAACACUUCCAUGUGUUAUCUCUUUGCAAGGAAGUUUGCUCCGAGUACUCUGGAGCCUUUGCUUCACAUUGCUCCCAAGGUUCUUGGAUUUUGAGUAGUUUAGUAAUGUCUCUCUGAACCUCUUGACAUCAAAUAGAGAGAUCACGAAAUGGGUGUGAUAUGGAUUCUGUGGGAGAUUUUACACCGAUAUUAUUUUAUUUUGUUUGUUGUGAUAUAGUUUGGAAGAAAUGAGAUUUUAGUAGAGGGAAAAUAGGUUGCACGACAGGAUCCAGCCAUAUGUAAACUUUAUAUUUUAAAGAAUUACUAUGCAAAGAUCAGUAGUUUUUCUUUCGUAUACUCUUGUGAUGCACUAUUGAAUCACAAAUUUUCUUUUCUA